UUAUAAAAGUAUAAAAUAAAUAAGAACACAUUUUAUAAGUCGAGUGCGUGAGCAAAACUGUUUAAAGACUGUAAAUGUUUUGAGUGCUUGAUAAGACCACAAUUGUGAAAAAGUACACUGUGAGAAACAGUUUGUAUAAACAAUAAUUAAAAAAUAAAUAUUUAAAUGCUAAACUUAAGCGCUGAAGGACGCAUUUAGUGAGAGCGAUAAACAAAGAAAAUAAAAAAAAUAUUUUCUAAAAACAAAAACAAGAUUUUCUUUAUAAAAAAAAUUUCAAAACUGAAAAAAUUAUUUUUAAAAGAAAAAAAAUACAUUUUUUCCCAAAAAAUUGCAUUUUUGCCGUCGCCAAUUUACUCUCUGUGCCCCCCAAGUGCGUGUAAUGAUUGUUUAAAAAAAUGCAGCAUUAUGACGCGGCUUGCGCAAAUCACCUAAAUGUUUAUAUGAAGACAUUGGCGAAAAGUGUGGAAAAUAAUACUUGAAAAACGUGUGAGAGGCAUAAACACAAAUGCAAGUGUGAAAUAAAUAUUAUAUAAGAGUCAAGAAACAAAUAAAAAAUAUUAAAAAGGAAACAACAAAACUGAAGUAAAGUGAGUGAGAUCAAGCAACGAAGUGACAAUCGCAGGAUAAUAAGAAAAAUAAAUAAACAGCAAUUGAAAAAAUUAAGAAACAAAAUUAAUAAAUAAAUAUUAAUUAAAAAAUUUUUAAUAAAAACAAUUAAUUAAUAAAUAAUAACAAUAACAAAAAAGUGACACAUUUAAAAAAGCAAAUAUUAAACAACAACAAACACAAAUCUACAAGAAUACAAGCAAUAAACUUGACAUUACGUUACACAACCCAUGUACUCGUACUUACCAUAGAGACAUAGAAACAACGGAUUAGCUCUACAUUUGUGGAAACGCAAAGGUUGUGACAACUUGGAACAAAGAAAUCUGAUUGUUUUACUACAUAUGCUACACAGCUAUUACAAAUCUACAGUUAAAUAAAAACAGUAAAUACAACAACAAAUUUUCGCAAAACAAACUUAAAAUAAAAUACAGUUAAAAUAAUUUUAAAAAAAGUACACUGUGAAAAAUAGUGCGUGAAAUUUGAAAAGUGCAGUUCGACGCUAUAAAAAAUAUCAGCUGAUUUUUGCUAUAAAAAUUCAUUAUUGUGUGCCUAAAGUAAGAAAGAGAGCUGAGAAGAUAACGCUUUCUAUACGGUGAACUUUGAACUGACUGCUAUAGCAACUCGUUACGCUUAUGACGCAUUUAGAAAUGCAGUUAUAAAUUAAAAAAAAAGUUAACUAACUUGCAUUAAAAAGUUAGUAGACGCUACAAAGAAAAAGACGGCAGUGUAUUCCGCUUGAACGACAGCAGUUGCUAGGUUGCUUACUGCAAUCAGCACACGUGGCUAAAAUACAACAACUUUCUAAGCUACUAGCUAGUCUAGCGCAGCAGAAAAGGCGGUAAAAAGCGCAAAAGUUGGCAAAAAAAAGUGAGGAAACAAAUCAAAGAAAGUACAACGCACUUAGAACUCGAGGAGCAAGUAUUGAGAUCACGCAAGCAACAACAAUUUUUACUACUUAGCAACAAGCGCGCGCGAGAAGAUAGUUUGACGACAGCACAGCACAGCACAGCUUUUGCAAAAAGCAAAGCUCCAUAAGCUCGCUUACUUACUACACGCCCACUCUAGCGUGCGCGCGCUCACUCACUCUCUCGCCAAACAGCAUAAGCGCUUAAUGCAAUUUCGCAACAACAACGAAGAGGUGCAUAAAACUGCAUUGUGAGACUAGAUAGCUGGGGCGAUUUAGAAUCAGUCGUUGCAAGUUCGUGACUUAAGCUACAUUGGACACAUUAGUGUUGGUGCAACGUACAAUCGUUAACUACACGAACACCUCUAACAAGCAGAGAUUCGAGGAGAAUUGAACAAAAAAAAACAACAACAAUAACGACACCAACACUAUAAUCGUAUUAAUCACUGCGACGAUCGAGUGCAGGCUUUUUUGCUUUUGCAAGUCGCCAACAACAACACUUGCGUGUAUUAGCGUUAGCUUUACCGACGGUUCUUCAGCGCAUUCGUUGAUGUUCGUUAUUGUGAGAUCGUCGGCGCUGCAGCAGUCGUAAUUACAACGUUGCAUUCGAUUGCAUUUCACAUUCGUGUUGAGCGCUCUCACCACCACCACCAGCAGCAGCACUAGCACUACGAACACCACCACCAGUGCAGCCAUCGCGCCGAACUACGACGUUUUACAACGGAAACCGGCCCCAAGAAAGCCGGCGGCAAGCAAGCAAGCACUACUACAUAUUGAAUUCCGAUCAGUUCAUUGUCGAAACGCAUCUCACACACACACACACACUGACUCACUGUGAAGCGAACGAAGAGCUCUUUGUUUUUGUGACUGUGUGAGUUUUUGCACUGCACCCGAGAUUGCAACGAGCCGAGAAAGUGCAUCCGAUUCAAUGGUUGUUGUUAUUGUAGCGCGCUCGUAAAGAUUUCGCAUACGACAACCAACCGGUGUUGGUACGGCGACGACAGACACAGUCGGUUAGUGUGCAAAUAAGUAGUAUCCGGAGCAGGAAGGCAUCGAAACUGACGUUCGGAAUUGCAGUGAAUCAAAAUUUUAAUAGAAAAAUUAAUAUAAUUAGAGAGAGAAAAGCAAAUAAUUGGCUAAUUAAACAAAAUAAUUAACGUGUUUAAUGUGGUGAAUAAAGAAAGAAAAGUCGAGAAACGGAAGAAAAAAGUGCAGCAGCAAAAUCAAAGUGGAAAAUUAGCAAAAAAAAUAUAUAUAUUCACAACGACGGCCAAGUGCAACGAGGUCCAUACAUUGCACUCAGCGAAGUUCAGCCGCAAGCACAAGCACACUCGAGGAGAAUCAGCAACAGCAGCAGUGGCAUUAGCUGUAGAGCACUCAUUGCAUUGGCAUUACUUGUGGCGAUCCGGGACGUGUACCCCCUCGUACCACAAGCUUAUACAUAUACUACGUACGGCUCGUCGUUCCAGAUUCGCGUUUUUCGUUUCGUGUGAUCGCCGCGUGGCAACGUGCAGUUCGCGUCUGCAACCAACACGAUUAGAGUCUCAACGAAAUUGGCAACGAACGGCAAAUUGUUGAGGAAAACUGCAAAUGAAAAACGUGUUCACAAGUGCUACGAAAAUUGAAUUGAACUUUUCUAACAAAAAGGGAGUCAAAAUAAAUACACUGUGUAUAAAGAAAAAUUAUAUUAAAGCCUAGAACAAAUUGUAUAAACAAGAAACGAAGAAAAAAACUUAAAUUUUAAACAAUUUCGUAGUGCAAAGUAAUCGCUACAAACAAAGUGUGAAGAGUGAAGUUAGCUGUAGUAGCAACAGCAGCAGAAAAAAAGCCCCAUCAACGUGUGUUCUCUUAGUGAAAUUUUAUACAUUUGUUUGAAUAUUUUUGUGUGCAUUGACCGUUUUUGUUUUAGUUUAAUACUAUAUUUGUUGUUAAAUACUACAAUACAUCACAUAAAUUAAUACUUAUUUAACCUAAUAAGAACAAGCGACUACAUUACAUAUUUACAUUAAUAAUUAUUAAAAAAACAACAAGAAAAACAUCAAGUGAACAUAAAACAUAAAAACAACGCAGUCCAAACUUCUUUUGGUGGUGUUUCUACGUGCCUCUACAUUACAUUAGCUUACAACUAGGAUCAGCAGUAUAUAAGGAAUACAGCAACAACAAGUCUGUCUACAAUUUUUCAAACGUGCAUUAAGGAUAAAACAACACUAAACAAUUAAAAUGGCGGAAGGCAAUGGCGAACUGGUAGAUGACAUCAAUCAAAAAUCAGAAGAUCGCGGCGAUGGUGAAAGAACGGAAGAUUACCCAAAACUCUUGGAAUAUGGCUUAGAUAAAAAAGUUGCCGGCAAACUUGAUGAUAUUUACAAAACAGGUAAAUUAGCGCAUGUCGAACUAGAUGAACGUGCGCUAGAUGCGCUUAAAGAGUUUCCGGUUGAUGGUGCCUUGAAUGUAUUGAGUCAGUUCCUCGAAUCAAAUUUGGAACAUGUAUCGAAUAAGUCUGCGUAUUUAUGUGGUGUUAUGAAAACCUAUAGACAAAAAAGCCGCGCCAGCCAACAGGGAGUACCAACGCCAGCGACCACAGUUCAAGUGAAGGGACCGGAUGAGGAGAAAAUCAAGAAAAUACUCGAAAGAACUGGCUACUCCUUAGAUGUGACCACUGGUCAACGCAAAUAUGGCGGACCACCACCCAAUUGGGAUGGCCCGACACCCGGCAAUGGCUGCGAAGUUUUCUGUGGGAAAAUUCCAAAAGAUAUGUUUGAGGAUGAAAUCAUACCGUUAUUUGAGGAAUGCGGUACAAUAUGGGACCUUAGACUUAUGAUGGAUCCGAUGACGGGUACAAAUCGUGGAUAUGCAUUUGUUACCUUCACGACGCGUGAAGCGGCUUCAAAUGCCGUACGACAGCUCGAUAAUCACGAAAUAAAACCUGGCAAGUGUCUAAAAAUUAACAUUAGCGUACCGAACCUGCGCCUAUUUGUAGGCAACAUACCCAAGUCGAAAGGCAAAGAGGAGAUUUUAGACGAAUUUGGUAAAUUAACAGCUGGCCUUAUUGAAGUGAUCAUCUACAGUUCACCCGAUGAUAAGAAGAAAAAUCGUGGAUUCUGCUUCCUCGAAUAUGAAUCACACAAAGCUGCCUCGCUGGCAAAACGAAGACUUGGUACCGGACGAAUUAAGGUCUGGGGAUGUGAUAUCAUUGUCGAUUGGGCCGAUCCACAGGAAGAACCAGACGAGCAAACAAUGUCCAAGGUGAAGGUCUUGUACGUGAGGAAUUUAACGCAAGACGUUAGCGAGGAGAAACUAAAGGAGCAAUUUGAGCAAUAUGGUAAAGUUGAGCGCGUUAAGAAAAUCAAAGACUACGCUUUCGUGCAUUUCGAGGAUCGUGAAAGUGCCGUAAUUGCAAUGCGCGGCCUUAACGGCAAAGAGAUUGGCUCUUCUAAUAUUGAGUCAAAAUCUGGAAAGUUACAGGUCUCACUUGCCAAACCACCAUCGGACAAGAAGAAGAAGGAGGAAAUACUACGUGCACGUGAACGUCGCAUGAUGCAAAUGAUGCAAGGACGUCCCGGUCUUGUUGGCUAUGAACAAUUAUCUCCAUACAGAAACUUAUCGCCUACACAUCCCAAUAUGAUGUCCUUAGCAGCGCCAAUGCGCCUGCCUGGUGGUCCACGAAUACCGUUGCGCGCACCAAUACCACGUGAUUACGAAGAAAAAGUUGAAAGAAGCACGAAAAGAAUACCACAGCAAAAUUUUUCCCAAUUUAUAGAUUAUGAUUACGACUUUUAUGGUUAUUCGGAUUAUCGUGGCGGCUACAAUGAAUCCUAUUAUGACGAUUUUUAUCGCACCUAUGAUGGAGAGUACUUCUUUGAUUAUCCACCGAGCGGUGUGACACCAUUGCCAACUGGUGGACCCGCUGGUGGACUGCAGAGAACGGCCAGAAAUAAUGUGGGGGUUGGUCGUGGACGUGGAAUCACGGCCACGCGUGGCCGAGCCGUUGGGCUCCGUGGCAACAUCAACCGUCAGGGGGCCCCUCAAGCGGCGGCGGCGGUGGUGGCGGCGGCGGCGGUGGCAGUUCAGCGGGGGGCCACCGCUCAGGGGGCUCAGGCAGCAACCGGGGGGGUCCGUGGGGUGGGACAAAUGCGUCCCAACGCUCGUGGCACCCAGCACGCCAAACCGCUACAAAAUUUACCAGUAGUCGGUAAACGUAAAUUCGAUGGAGGUCACCAAAAUCCUGCAGAUAUUAAGCGACGUUACCCGAGCGGUUUAAUCGGCAAUGGCAGUUGGGGCAGUAUACCGUUACCACAACAACCACUGGGCACCAAUGGCGAGCAAUGGUACACAGAUUCAUUUCCAAAUUGGGCUUAAAUAAUAUUUAAAAAAAAUAAAUAAUAAUAAAUAAUAUAUAAAAACAAAAUACAACAACAACAAGCGCAUAUUACAACAAUAAUAAACACAACAAUAAUACAACAACAACAACCACUACUAUAACAACUGCGACUGCAGCUGCGUGCAUUGGCAGUUAUUACAACAACAGCGAUUACAUAGCCAUAACAACAACAACUAAAUAAUAUACUGCAUAUGAAGCAAAGAAACAUUAACAAUUACUACAACAACACUUGAUUAUAUAAUACAAAUUUUUAAGCAGUAAUAAUGAAAUAUGUAAACAAACAUGUGACAAAAACAACAACAACAACAACAUAUAAUUGAAAGAAUUUUAAUUGCAUGUAAAUAAAAAUAUAGCUAAGCCGUUAUCAUGAAAGUAAUACAACAACAACAACAAGAAUAAUGUGGUUGUACAUUCUUAAGCAAGUUACAACAACAAAUUGUCAUUUCAUAUACAGAAUUCGCAAACACUUUUGUAAUAAACCAUAGAUACAUACAUACAUAUAUGUACACAACAACAACAAACAGCAAACAGCUUUGUAGCCCUCAAAAAACAACUACAACUACAAACAUACAUAUUAAUAUGUAGAUAUGUAUACACAAUGGUAGGCAGAAGUUGUUAUUUUAAAUUAAAUACUAAUACAUACAGAUAUAAUAAAUAAUUAAACAAUAAUAAAAAAUAUUGAUGCUCCAUUGCGAAAAUUAGUAAAAAGAAUAAAAUUUAAUACAAAAACAAUAGCAAAAGCAUAGUGCUGUUAAACAUUAGAAGAUUCACGUCCGUAAAUUUCGCAAUUAAAAAGGAAAUUUUCUAUAAAAUAAAAUGCAGAAAAUUGCAGAAAUUUUAAUGUAAAAUCAGUAAUCUGAAUUCGGCGAAGCAGUAAAUAAAAUUGAUUUUCAAUAAAAUUUGUUUAAAUAACAACCGGCAGACAAUUUUUAACAGCUGCUCUUACAUUUUUUCGCUUUUAAUUGCAAACACACAACAAUAAAACACUUUUAAACGCCAUAAACAACAACAAGAACAAAAAAUAGUAGUAAAUUGAAAUAAAAAUGCAUUUUAUCAUAUAUUACAACAACAGCUGACAUGCAAAUUUCUGACAAAUUAAAGUGAAAUUCAAAUUAAAAUUAAAAUAAUAAAGAAAGCGUGAAAUACCAAAAUAUGUAGCCCAGAAUUCUGAAAAAAACGGUAAUUGUUAGAAAAGAAGCACUUUUUAUACACAAUUAUAUACAAAAUGAAAAUGCAUAAUAUAAAAUUAAACAAGAAAAAACAUUAUUUUACAGCAAAACCCUCCCAGAAUAUGUAAUGGACACACACAAAUUUGUAAAUAUGUUGCCGAGUAAUUCAAAAAAAUUAAUAAAAAUUACAAAAAAUAUAUAUAAGACUAGUAAAACUUAAAUAAAAAAAUAAAGCGUCUUAAAUUUGAACAAAAACAAUAUACGUCUUGAGUGUUGAAUGCAAAUUUGCAAGAAAAAUUAAAAAAAAAAAUUAUAAAAAAUAUUAUAAAAAAAUAUUUACUUUGAAAAUUCAAAAAGCAAAGCUUGGCGAAAAAAUUGACUGAUAAUUGAAAAUUCUUAAAAAAAAAUUAUAUACAUGGUUAGCGAGUAUAUGUAUGUAUAUGUAAACUUAUGCGAUUAUAAUGGACACAAAUGAAUAUGAUAAAUGCAUAUGUAGUAAGCAAAUUACAAAAACAAAACAAAAAUCACAAACAACAAAAAAAACGUUUGCAAUUAUAUGAUGCAAUUUAAGGAAAAUAGCCGAUCAAGGGUUGUUUUGUGCAAAAAAUGGACGACGGCAUGUUGCAUUAUUGUGUAAUGUCAGCAUGUUGUGUGUAAAAUAAAAACAAAAAAUAAAUAUAAAUUAAAAUUUUUAAUGAAAACAGCAAAUACAAAAAUUGUUUAACAAAAAAUAUUUUUGCUUUAUUAAGUUUUAUAGUUGAUAAUGAAAUUUCGGCAAUUUGUUUGUAUAUUGUAUUAAAUUUUUUUUUGUAAAAAUUAAAGAAAUAAAAAUUAAAAGAAGGAAUAGUAAAAAAAUAAAAUUAUUAAAAAUAUAGCUUUUUGCUUCUGUUAAAAAAAUAUUAAAUUAUUUUAAAACAAUUUCGUAAAUUAAAUUUUUUUGUAAAUUUAGUCGCUUCAGAAAAUUUUUCCAAAAACUGGCUUAUAUUUUCUCAAAAACAAAAACAAAAUCAUAUAUAUUUUUGGCAAAACAAAAUAAAAUAUUAACUUAAAUAUUAAAAGCAAACACAGUUAGGCCUAUUUUAUUUCACAAAAAAAAAAAUAAUAUUGGGAGAUGUAGUUAAUAUUAAAAAAUAAAUUACAAUAAUUCUAAAGAAAAAAGGCACUUUUAGUGUGAAAAAUAAUCACUUUUCGUGUGUAAAAUGCAUACAAACAAGAAAAAUAAACUGGCUUAAAUAAACCAGCAAAUUAUCAUAAAACACGGCAACGAACUAAUUAAACAUCACAUUAUGGUUUUAUAUUUAUGUAAUUUUAAUAAACAAAACAAACAAUUUCCCAUAAGAAAACAACAACUAAACAAAAACAAUGAAGACAUUCAUAUGUAGAGCAAAAAUUAAGCUUAACGGUGAAAAACUAAUCAUUAAUGAGAAAUAAAAAACAACAGUGUCACAUAUUUAUAUAGUAUAUAAAAGAUAAAAAAUAUGAAACUUUUAAAAUAUUACAAAAGUAAGCGAAUACGUAUAAAACCUAAUAAACACAUAUACUUCUUAUAGAUAUAUACAUAUAUACAUGUAUGUAUAAACAAUUUCCCUAAAUACAAUUGACUAAUCAAUAAAGUAUAAAAUGCAUAAAGCAAAAUCGGAAUUAACAUAAUACAUAUAUAUAUUAUAUAUAAAGAAGGAAAUAAACAAUUCAAGUAUCCACAUGCAAUAAAAAUAAAACCUAACCUAACAUAACCUAGAAUUAUUUAUGCCCCAAGUUACAUAAACAUUAACACACUCAUAAGAGAGAUAUUCAUGCAUAAAUGCUCUUAAAAUAAAUAGCAAAAGUGAAAUAGUGAAGAGAAUCAAUUGAAGAACACGCACGCCACAAACACAUUUCGGUAGCUGUCCACCAAUAAUACAGGGUAUCUGGUGUUCCAUUGUUUGAAAGUGAAAGAGAAGUGUGACAGAUAGAGAGAGAGUGUAGCGAAACUAUACAAUAAUUAAUUGCAGUUUCUACAGAUUAUUUUCAUAAUAUUAUGCGUAAAGUUAAUAUGGAUUGCUGCGGAAUGUGAGGUUAGCAUUUUGAAAAACAACAGAAUUUCUUAAAAUUUUCAAUAUUUUUAACAUUCAUACAGCUUGAGAGAGUUACUAAAAAUAUUUUACAAAAUUUCUUUAAAAAGUUAUUUCUCAGUACUUUAUCUACACUUGAUUUUAACAAAAAAAAUCGAAACUUAUAAAAAAAAAUUAUCUGAAUCAUUAAAUAAUUUAAAACAAUCAGGAUAUUUUUUUUAAUUAAAACUUGUGAAAAAAGGUAAUCUGAAUCAUUAAAUAAUUUAAAACAAUCAGGAUUUUUUUUUUGCUUUCAAGCAUAUCUUUACUUUAUUCCUUUCAAUAACUAUAAUAGAAAGAGUGAGCCUUGUAGCCUAUGCAACCCUGCUGCAUUUUGUAAUGAAAAAAAUAAUUAAAAUAACAAAGAUUAAAGCGGAAAUUAUUAAACAAAAAUAUUAAUACAAACAUAAACUUUUGCGCACUUAUUAUUAUUAUUUUUUUAAUUUUUAUACCAUACAUUUUAUCUAUAAAAAAUAACUUACACACUUAAAAUAUAUAUGUUCAAUAUUUUUUUUCAAUAAAACUACAAUUAUAUUUUAUAAAAAAUACACAUACGCACAUAAAAAAUAUUAAAUUGUAUACACACACCAUAUAUAUUUGCAAAUUCUCUAAAAAUUAAAUUUAAAAUUUUCAAUAAUGAUUUUACGUAUGCCUGCCCCAGAAAAGCCGCGUGAAAAAUUAAAAACAAUUACUAAUGACACAUUUUAAUUACUAAUAAGCAAUUUUUUGGCAUAUACUUUAUCAAAAACAAAAACAUUAUAAUUGGUGACUUUAAAGCAUAUAAAUAUGUAUGUAAAACCACUUCUACAUUAAAAAAAACGAAUUGCAAAUAUUUUGUAUUUUUACUCUAAACAUAUGUUUUAUUUUAUUUAGUCUAACACUUUAUUGUUUUAUAAUUAACACUUAAAUUUUAACUUGCAAGAAAUGAAAUUGUACUGAUUUAUGUUAUAUGUAUGUAUUUUAAGUUAUAUUGUUAAACAAAAAACUAAUAAAAAUAUAUUAAAAUAUAUUUUGAGUACAUUUUAAAAACUAUAAUUAAUCAAACAAUAAACCACUGUACAUUAUAUUAACUGAGUGUAUAUUUAGCAAUAAAAUUUAUUAUUAAUCGGUUAUAUGCAAAAUUGUUUAAAUUUUUUUCUUUGUAAUUUCUUUCACAUUUUUUUGUUAUUUUAAAAAAUUUGUUUUGCAGUGCAAAUUAAGUUUAAUUAUUAUUUUAUCACUAAUAUUACAUUUUCUAUUUUAACAUACUUUGGUAACAUUAAAAAAAAAAACUAGUGUUUAAUCAUACAAAUUUGAAAAUGUUAAUUUUUUGUUUUGAUAUUUGAUUAAUUUUUGUUUCAUAAAUUUAUAACUGUUUUAAUUGUAAAAUGUUAUGUUUAUUUUGUACUUUUGAGAACGGGAAAGCAAAUCAUUUGGCAAAUAAUUUAUACAGUUUCAAUUGUUCAGUGGUUUAAAUUAAAAACAGAGUUUUGGCAUUUUUUUUCAAUUCUUCGUUUUGACAAAUAACAAAUUAUGUGUUUUAAAAUUUCAAACAUUUGUAAUUUUUGUUUUUAUUUCACGUGAUUUUCGUUUUGUUGUAGCAAAAUAUAUUUACUUUGUAUCUUAUUUUAUAUAAAAUUACUAAACAUAUGGAUUAACACUCAUUUGAUUAUUGUAACAUUUUUUGUAUUUAGCGCUAAAAAAGAAAAUUUGUUUUAGUGCUUAAAUCUAAAUUUUAAUAACAUAUAUACAUAUAUAUUUUGCUUAUACACAUGCCGUGUGUAUAUUAAAUUUAAGCAAUGUGUUAAAAUUACGCAUUAUAUAAUUAACUAAUUGUAUUUUAAAGGAAGUAAACAAAAAAUAUAAAACAAAAAGAUGUAUGAACAUAAAAAUAUAUUGUGCGAACAUAAAAUGAAUGUUUUGAUAAAAAAAACAGAAAAAUAAAAACAAAAACAUAAAUAAUAUGUUAUAAGAAAAAUGUGAUCGCAAAAGUAGUAACGGAAUCGUUGAGUUAGAAGAAAUGGCAUAUACAUACAGACAUAUUUUAAGUAACUACAUAUUUAAUAAAAAAUAAAUAAAAACAAAAAAGUGGCGCAAUGUAAUGCAAAAUGAGCUGCAAAAACGGCAUACAUGUAAUUUCUGUCGAAGAAAAAACAGACUGCGAACUUUAAGGUAGAUUUUUUGUUGUGUAAAUCAUUAAGUUUUAAUUGGCAAAUAAAGUAAUAAAAUAAAUAAAGAAUAAAAAAUAAAUACAAAA